AACACAAACACACUUUUAUAUAUUUAUUUUGUACAUUUUAAGUGUUCUAGCAAGUUCAAUAGCCACCAACAAUAACAUAGAUUUCACCUUAAAAAAACAACAUAGAUUUAUUCAUUCAUCCUCUUCAACUAUACAACCUUGUUUUCCUCAAAAAGAAAAAAACAACAACCUCGUACCUUGCAUUUAACACAUGGAUUGUUUGGUGAUGCCAGUUUCAUUGAUCAGGAGAAGAUCAACAAGUUCAAGAUUGGGUUAUAGACCACUAACCAAUGAUGGAUUGGAUCAACAAGAUUCUGAUAGCCGCGUGACGGUGGUGGUUGGAAAAGAGAAGAAGGUGUUCCUCGUAGACCCUAUCAUAUUACAAGAAAAUCCAUUUAAGGUUUUGAUGGAUAUCUCAAUGAAGAAGGAUCCAACAAAGAAAAAGAAGGAUCAUUUCCAUUUUUCAUCAAGUCAGCAAAGAGUUAUCUUUGUGGAUGUUGAUGAUAUUUUGUUUGAGCACAUGUUGUGGCUUAUGAACAAUGAUACAUCUUCUUUGUUUCAGCUGAAUUUGAAGGAUAUUGUUGAUUUUUAUACUCAUGAUGAUAUGUAAUAUUGUUCUAAAUUUACAGAGUACUUUAGCUUUCUUAACAGCAGAGGUAAGGUACUAUGUUAAUUUUACAUUAAUUUUCUGUUCAUACUUCAAUGUUAUUUCUUUGUGAAAUACAGAAGGAACACUUAGCAUCUUGUAAUAUGUAUCUAAUGAACAUAACCCAUUGCUAAUAUUGUAUUAUUUUACUCAAAUAAUUAUGAUAGAAUAUUACGACGUGAUUUGAUCAUGUAGUUGAUUUCAUUUACUGGGAUUAAAUUUGUUUGUUGC